GGGAAGGCCUGGCUGGCUUUCUCAUUGUUGUUGGGGGGCGAGCGCCGGUCGACGCCGACCGCCCUUGGGCGGCCGAUCUCGGAGCUCCGGGAACCAUCACUGUCUUCACGGAGGCCGAUGAGCCUCCCUUCGCCGGCAUUCUCUAUCACAACUCGGUUUGUUUUGAGUUUCUUUUGGUGAUAAACUCGGUUUCAACCCCCCAGCAUGGCGAUUGCUAUCUUCUUAAACCGGCAGAGAGAAGGAAAAGGUGUGAUGAUUUGUUUCUCCACGAGGCAAAAGGUGGUCUGUCGUUCUCGAGGGGGUAAAGCGAACCGUAAAGCCAUGCCAAGUACCAGGAAGCAGCCUCCGAUUCUUGCUCAUAAAACCAUUUUUUUCAUCAAUUUGCUGCUACCAAAAUGGCGAGAUUGAUAUACACCCAUUCAGAACAAACAGGAUGGCAAUUCAUAGAACUGCCAGCUUACAGAAAUUUCGCAGUUAAUUUAAAAAUAUUAUAUAUAUAUAUAUAUAUAUGCACAUAUAUAGAUAUUGACAAUUUUGUUGAUAGUUUCACCAUCCCAUUUGAUAAUGGAUAUUCGGGGAAAAAGAAAAAAGGAUCAGUUUUUAGCAAGCAAGAUUUGAGCCUGGUUUUGCUGGUAGUUUAGAUUUGCUUUACGUUCAAGUUGGAUCUUUUGUUGGAAAAUGAGCGUUUGGUACAAAGAGUGUAUCCGCAUUCCAGAGCUCCCUCAUAAUGGUGGGGAUAGGGAGGGGGGGAAAAAAUCAAUGCAAACUGCGAGGUUAAUCUGGCUAUUGGUAAUUUACAAUGUAUGUAAGGACACUUACAUUUUUCCUGUUGGAGAACAUAAUUCUGGAAAGCGUGGCCAUGCUUCUGCGGGAGACAGUACACUGUGCAGGUCUGUCCUAAUAUUAUAUAUAUGUAUGCAUAUAUUACCUGAGAAGUUGUCUUUGUUUUGUGUACUUAUAUUAUGCUGUCGUGGAUUUCAAUUUCAGAUAAUUAGGCUUCGCUGUGAUUUUCUUCUUUUAUGAAGCUUGUCAUCUGAUAAGUUCCUGCUCCUGAGUAGAUCGCUCGGUGCGUAUUUAUUAGUCUCCUGCUGUGAGCUCUGUGAUCUAAGUGAUUUCAGGGAUCACACAUGUCUGAGGCUGUUCAACUUUUGAAGGCUAGCUUCUUGAUAUAAUACACUGCCAUCAACAUACUAAGAAAAUCUUAGGGUUAAAUUGCUCUUGGAAAUCACAUUGAGACCACAGAUAUAUUUCGGACAGCAUGUUGUAGUGAUUUAUAUGAGGCUACCUCUUGAGAGGACCUCAAAGAGGAUAUAUCUGGCAGAUAAUCUUACUAUGCCUAACAAAGGCGCUUUUCAUCACCAUACAUUUAGUAGAUUUUCUUUUUUGGCAAUUAGUAGAAUAUAAUGAUUGGUGGAACGCGGUCUUCUAAAUGGCCUACUUCCUUGUCACUUGGUUUGAUCAAAGUGUCUACGCUACCUGCAAGGUUUUCUAAGUGAAUACUUCCAGCAUUUUGGAUGUCAGUUAAUCCUACAAUUAAGUUCUAUCUCAGAGUGCAUCUAUUACCAGAGAUGCAGGAUAAUCAUAACCCGUUUCCAAGUACUUAGAAGAUUAUCAUCCAGAUGGAUAUGUCCUCUAGAAACUGAUAAGAACAGCCCCAUGUUUGAAAUGUUUGGGAAAGGUGUAGGCAUAAUGAAGUUUUUCUUAAUGAUUGAUGAAUUACUCGAAAGCACUAGCAUAACUAUUAUACUUAUAUCAUCCUUGUGUUGCACUGGGACUGCGUCUUGCACUAUUAAGUCCAUUUGCCUCAUUGUCUUGUGAGUUAUACAUUUUUCAAAUGAAUAGAGAUGGACGUAUUAUAUAAAAUAAUGACGUAUUAUAAAGGAUAAUGACGCAAGCACGGCCAUAAUUAUAUUUUCCAUUUUUCUUGCUAUACAGCCAUGCAAUAUUGUUUUUAUUUGCAUUACUUUUCUGGUCAGGAGUUCCAUGCAUAGCAACUCUAUUAAUGCUAUUAUCUCUGGAAACCCAGAAAAUUAAUUGAGGUACCAGAAAUGGCCGUUACGCUUUUUUUGAACUUUUAUAAGGAUAGGCGGAAGAAGAGAGUCUAUCAAAUCUCAAGGGAUACGCCAGCGAGCAUUCCAAUCCCAGAUUUCCUUAGGAGAUACUCUUGGCUAAAGAAAGUCCAGCAAUAUGUCAAGUGGAGGACAGAGAAGGAGUAUUCGAAUUUUGGAACUGGAAGCAAAAAAGGCUCAACAAGGAGUCAAUAACAAGAAACGUGAUAUGAGUUCGGAUAGUAUGAGUUCGGAUAGUAGUGAAGGCCAAUCCAGUCGAAGGCAGAGAAGAAAGAAAUCUGAGGUGAAUCAUGUAUCGAGCAACAAAGUAACAAGCCCAGUUGCAGCAGUUGAAGUGCAGUCCAAAACUCCAUUACCUCAAACUAGCGCUCUUGAAUUGUUACUUAAUAUGCUGAAAAGGAGAGAUACGCGCAAGUUCUUCGCAGAGCCAGUAAAUGCUGCAGAGGUGAGAGGGUACAACAAUGUGAUAAAGGAUCCAAUGGAUUUUGCAACAAUUUCAGCAAAGCUUAGCAGAGGAGAAUAUACUUGGCUAGAAGAUUUUGAGCACGAUGUUUUCUUGGUAUUCAGCAAUGCGAUGCUUUUCAAUGGAUCCUAUACCAUCUAUUACAGACAGGCCCGUGCAAUCAGAGAAGUAGCGCAAAAAUUGUUCGCUGCUCUCAGAGCUGAUGCUGCUAAGUUCGAGAUUGACCUUGCCCUGGUCAGAAUAGUCGGUGAUGGUUGGACAAAGGCAGAGGCUAGACUUGUUAACUCUCUCGCAAGCAAUCAGUCACAAGCUUCAGUGACAGAUGGAAACGUAUUGGGAUCCACAGGUGCAAUGAACUCUGAAGGUUUGCUCCAGCAACAGAAAACGCACAAUCCUUGGACCUUCUAUCCCGGUGAAUAUGAGGCACCCAUAUCAACUGCUUUCAGUACCCCAACCGUAGCUCGGGUCAACAACAGUUUGCUCAAUUAUGGGCAGAAUGCUAGUCAGGAACACAGCUCAUUAAAUCUUACCAGAGGUUGGGGCCAGGUAGCUCAGAUGGUGGCUCAGCCAGAGAUCAAUAAGUACGACCAUGGAACUUUUAGCCACUGGCAUCUGCCUUCACCCCAUCAGCUUCGCGUUCCCAACCCCCAGCAAGUUCCUGGAACAGCAUAUCCCGGAAAUGGGCUCAUUCCUGCUCUCCAUGCUAAUCCCUUUGGGAAUCCUGCGACAGCUUCUGUUCAGGAUGCAAAUGCUCGAAGGGAUAGUCCCGGCUUUGGAAAUCCACCAGCACCCAGUGGACGGAACCUGCCGAUGUUUAAUGGCAUGAACUUGGAUCAGCUUCGAGUUCUCAACCCCCAACAAGUUCCUGGAACAACAUAUCCCGGAAGUGGGCUCAUUCCUUCUGUCCAUGCUAAUCCCUUUGGGAAUCCUGCUACGGCUUCUGUUCAGGAUGCAAAUGCUCGAAGGGAUGGUCCCAGCUUCGGAAAUCCAACAGCACCCAGUGGAGGGAACCUGCCUAUGAAUGGCAUGAACUUGGAUGAGUUUCUGAAGUAUCUCGUGGGCUGAUGAUCGCCUCGUGAUCAUUGCCUGUGAGAUUGAGGUCCACUUUUCAGGUUGAAGCGAAUUGGCGGUUGAUCAAGCAUGGACUUGCUUAGUGGAAACUCUGUCGAUGAAGAAUUUACAUUUUCUCUAUAAACUCAGAGUACUUUGUUGUGUCGUGUUUGGAUUCUUUAUAGUUCUGGUAUUAGUUUUAUCAGACUCAGAGAGAACUUUGGUUAACUGCAGAAGCCGAAACAUUUCGGAAAAACCAAUUUAAAUUUGUCUCUGAAGGUUCUCUUUC